GUUUCUUUCGGAAGAGAUCUCGAGGAGACCAAGACACUGGUUGACGAGCUGGGCAAUGACAGCGACGUCGUAUCAAGCUUCGUUUUCUUGUCGGAGUUCCAGUCGUUAUGCAUCGGAAAGAAAUCUGGUGAUAUACUGAUGUACGAUGUCAGUAAAUGCAAGGCUCAAGCUGUUGGCAGCGUUACGGGGGGCAUUUUGGCCAUGCAAUGGAGUCCAGAUUAUGAGCUCGUCGUUGUUAUUUCAGGUGAAGACAAGGUGUUGCUUAUGACAAAGGAAUUUGACAUGAUCUCAGAAAAAGACCUCCAUGCGGAAGAGUUUGGUGAAUGUGUUCCCAUCACUGCUGGCUGGGGCUCCAAAGAAACUCAGUUUCAUGGGUCUGAAGGGAAGCAAGCUGCCAAGGUGGAGGAGAAGCCUCCUGAGCCUGCCUUCUGGUGGGACGACAAGUGUCCUCGUGUCUCAUGGCGCGGUGAUGGCCAGUACUUUGUCACUUCUUGCAUCAACCCUACUGUAGGAAAUCGUAAGUUGAGGUUAUGGAGCCGAGAUGGCACACUGCAGUACACAGGCGCAGACAUGAAUGGCCUGGAACAAGCCCUCAGUUGGAAGCCUUCAGGCAGUGUGAUUGCUUCAAGCCAACGUCUACCGAACAAGCACAUGAUUGUCUUUUUUGAGAAGAAUGGUUUAAAUCAUGGAGGUUUCCAGCUGCCUUUUAGAUCUAAUGAAUUCAAGGUGAAGGAGGUAUCCUGGAGUCCAGACUCUACCAUACUGGCUGUGGUUGGGUCAAUGUUUCCGUCCAAUGAAUCGUCACUGCCUCCCAAAGAACUAGUGCUGUUGUACAGCAUGAAGAACUAUCAUUGGUAUCUGAAGCAGACAUUGCAGCUCAGCACGGGUGAACUCGGGAAACUUGCUGAUCUUCACUGGGAUGAGGGCAACAUGCUUAGUCUGCAUGUGCUGUCUCUUGACGGGCAGUACUGGCAUUACACAUGGUCUUGGGCUGUGCACAGGAGCCACUGUGGGACACAGGAGAGCACUGCCAACGUGACUGUCAUCGAUGGAGAUACUGUUCUGGCAACUCUCUUCAAGGUGGCUGUUGUACCCCCACCAAUGUGUAGCUUCAGAGUCAAGACAGCUGCAUCUGUCAAUGACGUGGCAUUUGGAAUUGGGCAGCAUGAGAAUGAUUUUGCCAUUGUACUUCAGGACGAAAACAGCCUCGUGUUCGUGCUCAGCUGUCCAGGAGAUUUUGUGAAGCCACCCAGCAGCAGCUGCACACUGCAGCUUGAAGGUGCAGGUGGAGAAAAAUGGCUUUGGGGUUACAUCGAAAUAAAACAUGACGGAAUUCAAAUACCUGAGCAUGAUAUGAGCCUGCACCACUGGACAUGGGCCUCCAAAGAUUAUCUGUUGUGUGUGUGUACCAGCGAGGAAUCCCAUCAGCUGCUGCGAGUGGACAUCAAACAUGGACAAGAAACGCAUCUCAUUGCAAAAUCGUUGUGUACGUUGAAAGGCUCAGUGUUAACCAUCUCUACAAGUUCAAAUGGGAUCGUCUGCAUUCAGUACCAGGAUGGUAGUUGUGCUAUUCCAAACCCAGAUGGAGUUGUGGUUCCGUGGCUCUGCGGCGAUGCAACUCCGCUUAAGCUUCCAAAACCCUGCACUACUGUUGCUGUGUGCGAAGUCCUGAAACAGCCGAGAGUGAUAGCCCUCUCAGACCGUUUUGAGCUGUUCUGCGACACGGUGAAGAUAUGCGACGAUUGCACGUCCUUCAAGAUUCACGGGAAGUUCAUUCUUCUCACAACACAUCGCCACACCCUACGCUGUCUGCUGUUGGACUUUGACCUAGCAAACCUUUUGAAUGGUGGGUCGGCCAAUUCUCUCACUGAUGCCCCACGAGAGCUGGAGAGUGGCUCACUACUGGUGACCAGCGUUCCGGCCGACGGGCGUGUAGUUCUCCAGCUUCCACGAGGAAACCUGGAGACCAUAUCGCCAAGAGCUCUCGUGUUGGACACAGUUUGUGACCAUCUUGACAGGAAAGAAUACAAGGAUGCAUUUCUUUUGAUGAAGGUGAAUCGUAUUGACCUGAACCUUCUGUGUGACCAUGACCCUUCGGCUUUCUUGAGCAGCUUGUCGGAGUUUGUUCAGCAAGUAAGAGAGCCAACAGACCUCAACCUGUUCCUAACAGGACUUACGGAUAAAGAUGUCUCAGCCACAAUGUAUGCAUCAGCGUACCGUGCUAGGAAGCGUGUUCCCUUUGUGUUCAAAAAGAACAAGAGAGAUGAGAUCUGCGACAGCCUGAGAAAUGUGCUUGAGCAAGUGGAUUAUGACAGGUACCUCCUAUCAAUAUUGACAUGCCAUGCUAAAAAGACAGACCCAGAGCUUGACGAAGCAUUGUCCAAGAUCUACCGCCUUAAAGAUUCUGGGAACAAAGCAGGCAUAACAUGUGACGCAGCACUCAAGUACCUGUUCUACCUUGUGGAUAGGAAAGACAUGUUUGAUGUUGCUCUUGGGACGUACAACUUCGACAUCGUUCUUAUGGUUGCAGAAAAUUCCCAAAAGGAUCCGAAAGAGUAUGUUCCAUUUCUGAACAAGCUGAACCAGCUGGAGCCCAAUUAUCGCCGCUUCACGAUAGACAUGCACUUGGAGCGCUACAAGAAGGCCCUCAAGAACAUCAGCCUAUGUGGUGAAGCCCACUUCAAUGAAUGUCUCAACCUUAUCAAAACACAGAGGCUGUACACAACAGCGCUCGACCUCUUUCCUGAAGAUUCACAGAGAAGGAAGGAAGUAUGGGAGAUCUAUGGAGAUUACCUCCUUGAGAAGAAACACUAUGAGGAGGCUGGACUUGUCUACUGGCGCUGUGAAAAACUGCGGAAAGCUUCCAGGGCCUUUGAGAUGUGUCUAAAUUGGAACUUGCUGCUUUCAACAGCUUACCAGAUGAAGUAUGGUCAAGACGAUCUGCAAGCCCUUGCAAACAGAACGAUCGAUGCCUUGGUGCUUGCCAAACGUUACAAGGAGGCCUCUGAAAUCUCGGAAACCUUCAUAAAGGAUGAAGAAAAAACAGUUCGCAUCUUGCUUGAUGCACACAUGUGGGAUGUUGCACUGGCGAAGAUUCAUCAGUUCAACAAGAUGGAGCUAACUGAGAAAAUAUGGAAGCCAUCUGUCACUGCCGAGCUAGAAGUCAUGUUGGAAACUGUGGAUUCACUCAAAGACACAUGGUCCAAGCACGUGGCACGGCUAAUGACUGUUCGCGAGCACAAGGCCAAUGAGGACCAAGGGGAAGGAGAUUUUGACGACGGUGCAUUUUCCGAUGUGGCAAGCGUGACAUCCAGGACAGUCGGUGGGAGUGUGACUGGUGGCAGCUCCAUUUCAGGAUCAAUUGCCACCAUGAGGACUUCAAGGAAUCGUAAGAAACAAGAACGCAAAAAGUAUGUGCUGAAGGAAGGCUCCCGUUACGAGGACUUGGCACUCAUCAUCGCACUCAACGAGGUGGCCUCAUCGUCUGACAAGUUUUCAGAGGAGUGCAGAGAUCUUCUGCGAGCUCUGGUACUGUGUGGCUUGGACCAGGAAGCCAAGAGCCUUCAGCAUCAGUUUGCAGCAUUGCUAGACAUUAUAGAAAAGGAUAUUCCCAAUGUUUGGCCUCCGGUAACAGCCGAGAGUUCACUGCCUCUUGGGCCACACUCAUCAUCAACAAUGAUUGCUGAGGCAGUACAAAAGCAAAAAAUUAUGGAGCACGUAAUAUCAGAUCCAGAACUCCGACAGCCACCUGCACUUCAGAGAAACCUUUGCUGGAAACUACAGAUGCUAACCUGAUCAACUGUGGUGCACGAAGUGCAGUGUACAGCAGUUGACUGUAAAUA